AUGACGUCAAAUAGUGGUGAUCCAAAGUUAGAUAGUGUUUUGGAAAACUGGCUAAAACUAGACAAGAAUUCUACAACUCAUCAAGAAGUUCUUGACGACAUAGCAAACUCAAAAUGGGACAAACUGAAGAAGACAAUGUUGACACGACAGAAAUUUGGCACAGCUGGUCUCCGUGGCUGUAUGGGUGCAGGGUACAUGUGCAUGAAUGAUGUUGUCGUUCUGCAGACAGCACAGGGGUUAUGUUCAUACAUAAGAAAAGUAUGCACAAUGAAUCAAUUGAGAAAUGGUGUUGUAGUCGGAUUUGAUGGCAGAUAUAACAGUAAAAGGUUUGCAGAACUAACAGCCAAAGUAUUCAUCUCAUCAUCAAUACCUGUCCACCUGUUUUCAUCAGUUUGCCCUACACCUCUGGUGUCAUUUGGGACCAGACUGUAUAGUGCAGCUGCUGGGGUAAUGGUGACGGCGUCUCAUAACCCCAAAGAGGACAAUGGUUACAAAGUCUACUGGGGUAAUGGGUCACAGGUUAUAUCACCUCAUGAUGAUAAUAUACUGGACGAGAUAUUGAAGUGCUUAGAGAUUCCGGAAGAACACUGGAACGUAGAUGAGAUUCGAGCUCACAAUUUAGUGAAAGAUUGCCAGGAAGAAGUUACUACUAAGUAUAUGGAGUACAUCCGUACCAGUCUACAUGAUGAUGUACUGGAGCAGAACAAGGUAGCAAAGGUGCCCGCUGUCUACAGUGCUAUGCAUGGAGUCGGUUAUGACUAUGUGCUGAAGGCUUUUGAUGCUGCUAAUCUUAUGACUCCAAUAAGUGUUCCAGAGCAACAGGAUCCAAACCCAGAUUUCCCAACAGUAAAGUUCCCAAACCCAGAAGAGAAAGAAUGCUUGGAGCUGAGCAAAGCACUCGCUGAAAAGAAUAAUAUAUGUCUGGUACUGGUCAAUGACCCCGAUGCUGAUAGACUUGCGGUCGCGGAAUAUGAUAACGAUUCAAAGUCAUGGAAAGUGUUCUCCGGUAACGAGAUGGGUUCGUUACUGGGUUGGUGGAUUCUCCAUCAGCACUCGACCCACCGCGACAAAACUGGAGACGUAUAUAUGAUCGCUAGUUUUGUUAGCUCGAAAAUGUUAUCUGCCAUAUCGAAAGGAAAAGGGCAUUUUGUUGAAACUCUUACUGGAUUCAAAUGGAUGGGUAACGCGACGUUACUGCUAAAGAAAGAAGGCAAAGUACCAAUUUUCGCGUUUGAAGAGGCGAUAGGCUAUAUGUGUAGUUCCACUGUGCCAGAUAAAGAUGGCGUGUCUGCUGCAGUCCAGGUUGCCUCUUUAGCGUCGCACCUACACGCCCGCGGAUCAAGUCUGUGUAACCAGCUCCAAGAGUUAUACCGUGAAUUUGGUUACCACGUGUCGCAUAACGGCUACUUUAUAGUCCACGACCCGAACAUUACUCAAAGAAUAUUCGAUAGGAUUAGGAAUUAUCAUGGAGAUGGCGUUUAUCCACGAACUGUUGGUCCAUGCGAUGUGGUAUUCAUAAAUGACUUUACAGCUGGAGUGAAGGUUCCCGAUGAGAGCGACACUGAAGGAAAAAUAAAGGUGUCUGGUACGGGUCUAGACCAGAAAUACACGAGUGGUGAAAUGAUCACAUUUCAAUGUUCAAACGGUCUGAGUGUAACGGUGCGCACGAGUGGAACGGAACCCAAACUCAAGUACUAUACUGAGUUGGUCUGUCAGGCAGAUACUGUUGACGCACAAAAAGCGAAGAAGACGGAACUUGAAGCUAUGGUGAAGGAAUUUAUUGACGAACUAAUCCAACCCACUAAGAACGGCCUUAUUGGCUAG